AUGGCGCCAAAGCGAGGUCCUUCAAGGGACCCCGACGGAACCCCCUCUGUCGAAGAAUCUGGCCUGAUCCCACUCCUGCUGGACAUCCAAGAAUGCCGUAUUCCCCAGCAAAAAAUGAUCUGGAUCGUCGAAAAUCUCGAAUGCCUCGGCCGUAGGCAAUCGAAGAAACGAAAACUUGGCUCUUUGAAACAGAGAGAGUCCGCUGACGCCGACGAAGAACCCUUUUGGUGCCGGCAAGAGAUCAACGCCUUCAACGACAGCAAUUUCGUGGCGUUGUCUUAUACCUGGGAAGCAUCAGAAACCGAAGUUCAAAACCCAAAAGAGGAGGGCCAUAUUAUCGAAACGAGAGACAGAAAGAAUGCGUACCGCUCCAGUGUGCGUAACUCUGUACUGGAACGCAUCACGAGAUACAUGCAACGGCAUCAGGUUCCGUUGCUGUGGAUCGAUCGGCACAGCAUUCCUCAAAAGGUCUGCCAGCAGCCGACGUGUAAGCAUGAAGCAUGCAACAAGAAGCAACAUGCAUUAGAUGCCAUGGAUCGAGUUUACUCGCUGAGUGACCACCCAGUUGCCCUUCUUGGACGACCCAUUAAUAAAGAGAGUGAGAUGGCAAUUCUCGCUGCCGUCCUCAAAGGCCAACUGGUUGAAUGCGUGGAUGGGGAGUUCCAGCUGAGAGAGACAACGACAUCCGAAAAAGCCCAGGAGGCUCUGCAGCUACUCUACGAGAUCACCACAGACAAGUGGUGGUCGCGAGCGUGGACAUUUCAGGAGAAUUAUCGUGCCGGGUUGAAAAUGACGCUCCUCAUUCACCACAGCCCUGACUUGGAGAAGCCAAAGCGAAAAUUCCGCCUUUCAGGAAAGGCGCUGUUCAAUCUCAUUCCCGGGGAAUUGAGUGUUCAGUCGGUCAGGCUUUCUGAGAAUGCGACCAAGUUCUGCAUCGCCUUGAGAAAACUCGCCACAGGGACGAAGGAGGACGAGGAGAAGAUCCAACACAUAUUGAGAACUGCUGGAAAGUAUACAUUACUACUUCAAAAGUCGACGUCGAUGUCCGGCAUCAUUGUCUCAGAUGUACGCGCCAGAGGAGUCACAGAACCUUGGGAUCUUCUGGCCAUCAUCGCCAACUGCUGCCAAUACGCAACGCGUCUCAAAAGUACCAUGUUGCAGGAAAAGAGCAAAAGGGGCGUUACCCUCGACCUCUCAAUUUUAGCACUACGACUAUUAAACGGAGAGAUUCUGAAGAAUGACCUUUCUAUUCCCGCGAGUCCUAUUGAUCGCAUUCACGAUCUCUUCUUUGACGGCUUCCAAGCACCUCAGGGCGAAAGAAGUCUCACUUUCAACAAGGGCUGCCGCUUUGUCGACGUGCAGCUCAUGACUGAUGGCAUUAAAACGAUCGGUCACCUAUGGAAACUAGACGAGAGGCUGAAAGCGCCGAGGUCAUCACCGCGGUUAUCACAAGAGAGUCAGAAGGGACAGCAGCAACUAUCCGGUUACCACCGAACACGUCUACUACAGCUCAUAGAGCUUCUAAAAUCCCGCAAACACAACACUUACAUGACCCUGAUUAAUGAUUUGAAGGCGUUCCUCGACAAAGAUGCCAUGAUUGAGGAUGAAGGCUCGUUCGGCCUUAGAUAUCGCAGGAUGAUGGCUAAGGAGCUAGUGAGAGCUAUGGAUGCGGAUGAAGGACUAUCGCUCGGCUGUCUCUGCGACAGCAGUGGGAAUACCACUGUUCAUCGUGGAUUUUUUAUAAUCGGGCCAAAAGCAGGCAGUUUGGAUGACCAGUCCGGCACACACGUCUUUACCUCGCUUUGGUCUGAAACAAACGAGAGCGACGAGUACUACGGCAAUGACCUCGAUCAUCAUGUUUCCCUUGGCGUCGAAACGGGAGAUAUAGACCUCGAGCGCGAUAGCAAAGCGAACAAGUGA